CAUCUUUCCUCCUCACAGUGCCCUGGUCUGACACUUCGUCGUUUACAAGGCCCUCACCUUGGCCGGCAUCAACCUUACAUGAGAUCCACUUGGACAUCCCGACUGAUUUGGUGAGGCCCUCUGCGAAUGCUCCCGUCAAAAGUUCCCUCCCGACCAUCUCCGGUACUCGUGCCGUGUCUGACUUUGUCCAUCAUCGUCUUUUCCUUCUCGCCGCAUGAACGCACAGAGCAAGUCUGGACCCGUCAGAAAUUGCUUCUAAAUCCGACCGGAUCUCUCUUUCAUCUGCGCGUUCGUCUCAGGGCCGGGCCACGUUCUUUAUCACGUCGUUUUUCAUCUUCAAGUCAUCAAUUGCUCAUCAACAACAAGACGGCACCAAGACUCAUAUGGGCAGCAAAAACGCUUACUCCGUACCAUAUGUUCGGAUUACUUCCCGCCUUGCAUCCACAUUUGAUACAUCGGAGUACCCAAGCUCAACAACAUCACCAAACCCAUCUCUAGUACUAAUCAUCAUCCAUCGGUAAUAAGAACACUCGCAAUAUCUGU